AUGUCGAGCGAAAUUGAAAUGGAACAUCUGGGCGUCAAGUCCUCUACCAAAUUAAACAUCUUUGAACAUCACUCACACAGCCGUACGGGCUCUAAUGGGAGUUUCCAUGGCGGCGUUUCUACAUCCAGGUCAAGUAGGAAGCAUCUGGAGUUCGUCGUUCUCAACUCGCAAGCUGACUAUCGCUCCAGUUCUUUUGAGGCUGGACUUGUUAAUGGUGGGCCGGCUGGCCUUGUCUGGGGCAUGGUACUGUCGAUAACCGGGACUAUGGCGAUGGCGCUAUCGCUGGCCGAGCUGGCGUCCAUGUGUCCACUGGCAGGGGGACAAUAUCACUGGACGGCCCUCCUGGCGCCCCCGCGGAUCAGAGCAUUCAGUACUUGGAUGCAGGGGUGGAUAACCGUCUUUGGAUGGCAAACAGCAGUGGCUAGUAUUUGCCAACUGGUAGCAACGCAGAUCCAGGGAAUGGCAAUGCUGAACAAUUCGAGCUAUGUGCCUCAACAGUGGCAUGGGACGCUCAUGAUGUGGGCAAUCAUUCUCUUCUCCGGCUUCGUCAAUAUCUACGGAAUCAAGAUCAUGCCGGCUCUACAGAUGCUUGGGGGUAUCAUGCACGUCACAUUCUUCAUCGCUAUCGUCGUCCCGCUUCUCCUCCUUGCUCGGCGCAGCACCUCUGAAUUUGUCUUCACGGAGUUGCUGACGACGGAACAAGGAUGGCAGUCACCUGGCGUUGCUUGGUGUCUAGGAAUGUUGACUGUCACCUACUGUUUUAUUGGUUUUGACGGUGCCAUCCAUAUGAGUGAGGAAGUGAAAAACCCUGCUGUGGUCAUUCCACGUAUCUUGGUCCAAACCAUUGCUAUAAAUGGCUUUAUGGCUUUUGUCUUCCUCCUCAUAAUUCUCUUCUGCAUCGGCAACGUCAACGAAGCCUUACAACCUCCCUACAUCUUCCCCAUAAUCGGAAUCUUCAAGCAGGCUACUAGAUCCGUUGGAGCGACCACCGCCAUGCAGACGGCAAUCACUCUCAUUGGCAUGGUAUCUAACCUUGGCGUGGUUGCAUCCGUCUCACGACUCACCUGGGCCUUUGCUCGUGAUGGGGGACUGCCAUUCUCAGCCUUUUUUGCCCAUGUCGACCGCCAGCACCGCGUACCGAAACGAGCGAUUGAACUUGUCUGCACGGCGGUUAUAAUUCUUUCCGUCAUCAACGCCGCCUCGGAGACGGCCCUCAGUGCCAUCCUCGCUCUUUCCACCAGCUCCCUUUACGUGUCAUAUCUUAUUCCAAUUGUCAUGAUGAUCAUCCGUCGCUUGGACAUUGACCGCGAGCCGAUCCGAUUCGGGCCUUGGUCUCUAGGUCGCUACGGCAUGAUAAUUAACAUUUACUCUCUCGUCUUUGGCACCUUCGUCUGCAUUUUUGUGCCGUUUCCGACGCAGAUCCCCGUCACUGCCGCAAAUAUGAAUUGGUCUGGGCCUGUCUUCCUCGGCGUCUGCGUAUUGCUCGUUAUAGACUGGGUUUUCCGGGCGAGGAAGAAGUAUAUUGGGCCGACAAAGUAUCUACCAUAUUCAGAGAACAAGAGCAACCAUUCUUGA